UUAAGUGUCUUCUGUCUGCGUUAUCAUUUAAAGGCUUCUAAGUCUUCUGAGGAGAGCACUGAGAUCUAGUAAACGUACUGUUGAGAAUAUAUUGGGAAUUCUCCCGCAGAGGUAAGAAUCUUGGAGCCAAUUUGCACUUCAUAUGUUUAUAUUCUUUUGCAAGUUUAUUUAGCUGAAACACGAGCAAAAAAAGGGAUCAAGUGUCAGUGCAUUCAUCGACUGGAUGAAACUUAAACUCUAGAAAGGAAAACUAAAAGAAAUUGGAAGCGAAACAUCAAUACGAAUUGUUUAAAUCUGCUCCUUCAAAAUGAAUUCGUCAUUGACUAAGAACGCCAGACAUGAAAUUUCAUUCAGCGGCUGGUUCCCGAUUGUCUCCGUAAUCUUCGGUUGCCUUACAGUGAUCAGUAAUCUUUCUAUCAUAGUAUUCAUCGUCAUAAGAAAGAAGAGAAAUGGCCGACCGCCGAAGAAGCCAAUCACCUGGUUCGUCCUAUCGCUUGCAGUGUCUGACUUCUUCGUCGGUUCGUUUUGUAUCCCUCAUAAACUCAUCUGUGAACACAUGAUGGAAUGUUCAGAUAAAGUUUGGGAAAUUUUCGACAUUUUUAUCAGUUUUUUUCACACUGCGUCCAUCACCAACCUCUCUAUGAUUAGCAUAGACAGAUAUAUUUCGGCCGUUCACCCGUAUUUCUACCGUCGAUCGAUAUGUCAUCGGUCAUGGUUCUUGAUCCUCUUGUCAUGGAUUCUCUCCAUUCUUCAAGAAAUACCAUAUCUCAUAUCCAUUCUUUCGGACUCGUAUCCACAAGCAGAUACCGUGGACACGAUCACUAAACUCAUAUUCAUGGGAAUAUUACCGCCGAUAGUGAUGACGUACACGUAUAUUCGAGUUUGGCUCGUCUUAAGGAAACAUAAAAAAGCUAUAAAAGAACAGGCAAAUCAACACCUAUCUCCAAGACAACUUAAAGCUCCACUAGAUAUCAAAAAACGGGAAAUAUUGUUACUGACUGUGGGAAUAAUGGAUGCUAUAUACAUCGUUUGUUCCGUGUUAUUCCAAUAUGUUGUGAUCUGCUAUCUCCUAUGGAAUAGUUGCCAUACGUCUUAUCUCACAGAAAAGAUCGUAUUUACAGUGCUAUACUUCCAUUCUCUGCCUAAUUCACUGAUUUAUGCUUUUGUUGGAAGAUUGUUUUGUAACAAAGAAUCGGGUUGUUGCUCAUUGCCAUGACGCCUGUAUCUGAUACUAUUAAGUCUAAAUGACGAUAAUUAUACAGGAAAUGUAAAACCA